UAAUCUCACUUACUUGCGGCAUGGGACCGUACCGAUAUUGAAUGUAUCUGCAUGCAGGGCGACUUGUACGACCAACGGUCAGCACUUCACAUCAGUAACGGAAGACCCCGCAAUCCGGUCCUGUUGAAAACUUCUUCAUUCCGUUCUUCAUCCAACUAUCCUACGAAAAUUUUAUCUCUUACACUGGCAUUCUAAUCCUUCUGGUUUUCUCCUACGCCGAUCCGUUCAAAGGCUGACUUAGUUUUAAUCAGAUUUUAGCUUAACACGAAAAUUUUCGGGGCUAUGUCCUCCGCCGAGUUUGACUUUGUCAUCGUGGGAGGCGGCACGGCCGGGCUUGUUGUUGCUAGCCGCCUCUCCGAGGACCCCACUCAGCGUAUCCUCGUCUUAGAGGCUGGAUCUGACUACAGUGGCGAUCCACGGGUAAGGACCCCCGGCUUCUAUCCGAUACUGUCAGGCUCGGAGCUUGACUGGGCCUUUGAAAGCAAAGCUCAGCCGACACUUAACGGCCGAUCUGUCAAGCUUCCACAAGGAAAAGCUGUCGGCGGUUCUAGUGCAAUCAACGCGCAUGUUUUUGUUCCUCCGGCUAAAAGCGUCAUUGAUGCUUGGGGUACAUUAGGGAACGACGGGUGGAAUUGGGAGUCACUCAAAAAGUAUUACGAGAAGGCGUAUACUUCUCCAUACGUCGAAAGGGAUCUAUACAAGCAACUCGGAAUAGAUGGGUGGUAUCCUGAUGGAGAUCUUUCCACGGGGCCGAUUCAAGCCUCCUUUUCAGGUAACCCUGCUCACCCCGUUCGCAAAGCAUGGGAGGAUACUUUCAAGACUGCCGGAUAUGAGGUUCAACAUGACCCCUUCCACGGCGUAGAGGUUGGAGCCUUCAGCUGUCUAUCUAGUAUUAAUCCAGCCACGAAAGAGCGAAGUUACGCUGCAUCGGACUACUACCGGCUUAGUCGCGAUAGGGAUAAUCUUCAUGUCCUUACGGAUGCCGUCGUUGAGAAGAUCUUAUUUGGACAGGGCGGCGAGUCAAAGAGUGCCACAGGGGUCCGAUACAAACAUGAUGGAAAGUCCAAAGAAGUGCUCUGUAGCAAGGAGGUGAUCAUAGCUGCAGGAGCUUUGCAGUCUCCGAAGGUACUCGAGUUGUCUGGAAUUGGCGAUGCCGAGUUGCUACGAACACAUGGCAUAGAACUCAUCCAGCAUCUGCCAGCAGUUGGGGAGAACCUUCAUGACCAUCCUCAGUGCGCUAUAAGCUUUGAAGCAAUAGAUGGCGUAGAUACACUCGACGCCCUCCUCAGACAAGACCAAGAAGCGAUCGGCGAAGCCAUGCAAGAAUAUGCAUCUAACAAGACUGGACUGCUGACAUCUGUUGGCGUUUAUUCGUAUGCGUAUCUGCCUGCGAUACGAUCAUUCAACCAAGGGGGUGGAGAAGCACUGAAGAAAUUGCUUGAUCAACACCGUCCGGCCCAAGCCAGAGACCAGGCAUAUCACGAAGUUGCCGAGAGGACAUUGCUUGAUGAGAAGCAACCUUCCGGUGCAUAUCUUUCAGUCCUAGCGCAGCAUAUCCUCCCCGUUGAACCCAACUCCGAUUCCCCCGCCGGUCCAGUGCCGGGGAAGUUCAUUUCUAUUGACCUAAUGUUAUCCCAACCUUUAUCCCGUGGGAGUGCGCACAUACAGUCGGCCGAUAAUUCGAUUCCUCCCGUAAUCGAUCCCGGCUAUCUCUCCAACCCGAUUGAUUUAGAGAUUAUGGCGCAGCAUAUGCAGCACAUCGAGACUAUCGCCAACUCGUCACCUUUCACGAAUCUCUUGAAGCAGCCUCUCGCGUAUCGUGACCCCGCUUCGCGACUUACUGAUAGAGAAGCUGCGAAAAGGUAUCUUAAGUCCAGCGCUAUCUCGAUGUGGCAUCUGGUUGGUAGUUGCGCGAUGUUGCCAAAGGAGAAGGGGGGCGUCGUAGACAAUGAACUUAAGGUGUACGGGGUUAAGAAGCUUCGAAUUGUAGAUUCCAGUGCGAUCCCCCUCAUUAGCACCGCGAAUGUGCAGUCUACUGUCUACGCCUUCGCUGAAAAGGCAGCUGACUUGAUCAAGAAGGAUUAUGGGUUAAAGUAGAUGGGUUUGGCUGAAGCUCACAACUAUGGCAUUGUAAAAUAGGUAAUUGUUAGGUACUUUUCCAGGUAUCGCUAGAGUUACUAUAUCGACCGCUGUUAAUUGUGAUUAACUAAAAAUCGGAUGAGGUCAAUUUUAUGA